ACCAAUAAUAAUCAUGCGCGUCAUCAGUUUGAAUGUGACAGUUGCCAGAAAGCGUCGAACAGCGUCGAAGUCGAAAGCCGGUUGAAAGCCAAUAAAGAAGUGAAAAUAAACGAUUUUUUCUGUAUUAAUUUCCAAAAUAUGGCGUUACUACCGUUACUUUUCGAAAGGCCCCUAGUUAGACGCAAUCAUUGGUCCAGUUUAGUUGAUCCAGAAGAAAACGAACUCGUUUCUUUUGUUCUAAAAAACUUGGAAGACAAAACUCGCCAGUUGAGUGAAAUUGAGAAAGAUUCCACCAUAGAACUGGACAAGGAUCAUUUCCAGGCUUCCAUCGACGUACAACAAUUCAAACCUGAAGAAAUAACAGUAAAACUGAUCGACGAUAACACGAUUUUGGUCGAGGGAAAACAUGAGGAACGACCUGAUGAACAUGGCUACAUCUCUAGACAUUUUGUGCGUAAAUACGUCCUUCCUAAGGAUAGUAAUUUGAAGGAACUGAAGUCUAAACUUUCUUCUGACGGUGUACUGUCCAUAAGCGCCCCAAAAAUAGAAGAAAAGCCUCAGCAGGAUUACAAGGAGAUCCCAAUCAUCCACACUGGUAAGCCUAUACGAGGUGUGAAGAGGCUACAGCACUUGGAUGCGGGGUUUAGGGCUGAUAAGAAGGCAAAGAAAUCACGUGGUCAUAAGUAAAAUGUUUUCUUUUUUGCAUUUUUUUUGUUAUCAAUAAUUCAGUCAUAUCAUUUAAGUUAAAAUAAGUAUUAAUGUGUUUGCUCAGCAUAGUUCUUUUAUAUUCUGUUCCUGUUUGCUUUUAUUAGAUUGUAAGUUAUUUUUGUAUGUACUUUUGAUAAAAAAUAAAACAUUUAAUGUGUAAAA